GAGAAGCACCCCGACAGUUUCAAUCGGGAAGAGGGCUUCAGACUUUCAAGUGCCUGGACACCACUCAUCUCACAUCUUCGCGCCAGUCUGACAACAACCCGACCGCCUCUCAUUAAAACUCGGUUCAGCGAGCCUCCCUGUAAUAUGAAGGAAACAGCGCAAAGGGAAAACACAGCGGGCGCACCACCUAUUAGGACAACCCACUAUGACCUCCGACCCCAUUGCCGUCCAUAAAUACACCCACCCUCGUCAAACAUGCCAUUUCACAUUUAACUCCCACAAGAUAUGGUCACACCCUGAUGAUGCUUCCAGCAAGAGAAGCGAAACGUUGGAACCAAUGUCCCAUACGAGGUUUAAUCCAGAAGAACAAAACCUCCAGUCACGUGAUUAAGAACAUCUGAUCAUAAAACUGUAAAGAGAAAUGAAACUCCACAGUGUGUGUCUAUAUUUAUUUUUAUACAUACACACAUGUUUUUUUUCUUUUUUUUUUGUCUAGUGGUGAAUACAUUGCAAACCAGCAGUACAGAUUGGACGGCAGACUACCCUUCAUCAAUAUCAACAAUCCAAGAUGUUUGCGUGGUUAUACCAUGUACUUAUAAGUAUCCUGACACCAAACCCAACACCGAGAAAACAUGGACGGGUUACUGGUAUAUCAACGAAAACGACAAACAAGCUGUUUAUGAUGAAAAAAUUGCAAAUGUCCUUUCAAAUUUCAAAAAUCGUACUCGUUUAGUUGGAAAUCUUAGCCAAGGAAAUUGUUCCCUGAUGAUCAAUGAUGUGAAAAAAGCUGACCAUCAGAAAAUGUACUUCAGGAUCCAAAUUAAAAAUCUUGAUAAUUAUUCCUUUCUUAAAAAAACUGUGUCAAUUACUGUCCAAGAUGCUCCUUUACUUACUUUGACUAACAAUGUAAUGGCAGGAACUGUGUCUGCUUCCUGCUCUGUACCUUACAAUUGCCCCCCUGACCAUCUGAAAUUUGUAUGGAACCGCAAUGGAACAGUCAUUGAUACCUACGAAGGGACUCCUGGCCAAAGGAACCUGACAUCUCACCUUAGUUUCAGCCCCACACUUAGUGAGCCCAAGACUCCUGUCACCUGCACAGUGAUAUCAAGUAGUGGAAAGAAGAUAGCAGAGGCUUCGCAGGAGGUCACAAAAGCAUUAGUUAGGGCUAUAGAGGUACCAAAGACAAUGAGCGCACUGGGAGGUUCCUGUCUGGUGAUACCAUGUAAAUUUCUGUGUCCAGACCUUUCAAAUCCAAUCAACACUUCAGCAGGCUUUUGGCUCGCCUCUUCCACCACUGACUUUGUGUACCAUACUGACUCCUCCAAAGUCGCAGAACAAUACAAAGGCCGUACACAGCUUAUCGGAGAUCUAAAGAAGGGAAACUGCUCCUUGAAGAUAGACCAUUUGCAGUAUAAUGAUAAUGGUCCAUUUUACUUCAGAAUUGAAAUGACAAAUUACAACUUCAGUUUUAUUGAGUACAAAGUAUCCAUUGCUAUAUUAGGUAAGAGAUAUACUGUGAAUAUGAAUAUAGUUUGAAGAUAAUACAGAGCAUGU